UGUGAAGGAUUUUGUUGACACACUGUAUACAGCGGACUCGGGCACUUAUCCUUACACGCGGCCACAAGUGCGGUAAUGGAUAUUUGACACUUUGUGGGGUGACUGUGAGCUAAAAUGCGAAAAGCUGAAAGCUGCUAACCGGAGGAUGGAGAUGCGGGGCAGCCUGCGCGAGGCUUUACGGCUCCGCUGCCGUAUCGCAGGCAGCGAUGAACACAUCUGACAUCCAAGUGAAACGCGCCUCUGCCUCGUGAAGCAUGUUCACGCAGGCUGCGCCAGAGGUAGACAUAAUGUGGCAGGAGUCUCACCUGACUAAGCGGAGCUCGUCGGGAGUGUGAGCACUGUGGCUGCUUCAUUUAGGCUAGUUAUUUGGUGAACGCUGGACAGCACCCAUCCAACCAGACACCACACAAGGGAUGUGGGGACCCCAGAAAAAAGGGCUCUUUGACAUUCUCUCAUUACCUCUGGUCGUGGCAGUGAUGUGCUGUGCCCAGAGCGUCAACGAACCGGGGAACAUGUCUUACGUCAAAGAGACUGUGGAUAAACUGUUGAAAGGAUAUGAUAUUCGCCUUCGGCCAGACUUUGGAGGUCCACCGGUUGCUGUUGGCAUGAGUAUAGACGUGGCAAGUAUAGACAUGGUGUCAGAAGUCAAUAUGGACUACACGUUGACUAUGUACUUCCAGCAGUAUUGGAGAGAUAAGAGACUGGCCUAUGCAGGAAUCCCUCUCAACCUGACACUGGACAACAGAGUAGCAGACCAGCUCUGGGUCCCAGACACUUACUUUCUCAAUGACAAGAAGUCCUUUGUUCACGGCGUCACUGUUAAGAACCGUAUGAUUCGACUACACCCAGACGGCACUGUUCUCUACGGCCUCAGAAUCACGACGACAGCAGCCUGCAUGAUGGAUCUGAGGAGAUACCCACUGGAUGAACAGAACUGCACACUGGAAAUUGAGAGUUAUGGUUAUACAACAGAUGACAUUGAGUUCUAUUGGAAAGGAGGAGACACCGCUGUGACGGGGGUGAGGCGCAUCGAGCUCCCUCAGUUCUCCAUUGUCGACUAUAAGCUGGUUUCCAGAAACGUGGUCUUUUCCACAGGUGCCUACCCACGACUGUCUCUGAGCUUCAAGCUGAAGAGAAACAUUGGAUACUUCAUCCUGCAGACGUACAUGCCCUCCAUCCUCAUCACCAUCCUAUCCUGGGUGUCGUUCUGGAUAAACUAUGAUGCCUCAGCUGCCAGGGUCGCAUUAGGGAUCACCACUGUCCUGACCAUGACAACCAUCAACACCCAUUUAAGAGAGACUCUGCCCAAGAUCCCCUACGUCAAAGCUAUAGACAUGUACCUGAUGGGCUGCUUUGUGUUUGUCUUCCUGGCUCUGCUGGAAUAUGCCUUCGUCAACUACAUCUUCUUUGGAAGAGGUCCUCAGAUGCAGAAGAAGCUUGCUGAGAAGGCACAGAAGGCAAAUGACCGGGAAAAAUUUGAUAGACCCAAGUCCAUUCUGGAAGGAAGCAAUUGCAAGUCUUCGUCUGUUAAACAGUCCAAUCAGGUACAAGGGCGCCGUCACUCACGAGGGGUGGACUCCCAGGGGAACAUUUUGCUGACAACCUUGGAGAUCCACAACGAGGUGGGAGGAAACGAGAUCACAACCACUGUGAGCGAAACCCUCAACUCCACCUCCAUGGUGUUCGACAACUCGGGCGUCCAGUAUAGGAAGGCGAGCGGGCCGCGCGAGUCGGGCCGCCUCAGCCUGGACAGAAGCGCACACCUUAAGAAAACCCGUCUGCGGAGACGAUCCUCACAGCUCAAAAUCAAAAUCCCAGACCUCACUGAUGUGAACGCUAUUGACAGAUUGUCACGGAUAAUAUUCCCAUUCAGCUUCUCUCUAUUCAACUUAAUCUACUGGCUUUACUACGUCAAUUAAUGCGCUGAUGUUUUUUAAACCCACCUCUGUCUCAUUUUUGAUUUUCGAAUGAGAGAAGACUUUGUUGUGAAAGGAACAUAUUAUGGUCAAAUCCUCAUGAACUUUUUUUUUAUCAUAGCAAGUGCAGACUUUGAUGACAAAACUAUCACUCAGACAGUGUGCAUCUGUUAUAUGCACAGACACAAGGGAUUAUCUACAGAACAUGUAUUUUACAAAGACUUGUGUGGACUGUAAAUUACUCUCUGCUCUGACCCCUGUGAAGACCUGGGACACUGUAUCUCAAGGGUAGAGCUACUGACUCUUUGCUGUGUUUACAGUACACUGCUUUAGGUCAGUUAAUAAAACUGUACCCAGAAUUUCAGUAUAAGAUGUGGUCACUGUAAUACAACUUAUUGCUAAUGACAAAACAGCUGACAAAGGUUCAUAGUAUUAGACAAAUAUGAACAAAUAUGCUCACAUAAACACAGGCCAAGCUCUGAUCUGGACAUUAUAUGCAAUGAAACCAACUUAAAGGAAUGGUUCAGUCUGUUGGGAUAUAAACAUAUUAGCUUUCUUGCCAUGAGUUAGAUGAGAGGACUGAUCCCACUCUCAUGUAUGUACGCUAAAUGUUGAGGCUAUAGCCAGCAGCCAGUUAGCUAAGCUUAACAGCUAUUUCCUAAAAUCUCAAACUAUCACUUUAAUGUGCAUUCGAGUCGAGUUAUUAGCAAGAGAGAGACUAAUGGAAUCCAUGCCAGCAUUAUAUAAAGAUGUCAUUCUGUCAUUCACUGCCAUAAUUUCAAGGAAUUUGUUUGGGCCUUUUGGGAAGUAUGCUUAUUUACUUUCUUGCUGAGAUUUAGAUGAGAAGAUCAAUACCACUAAGUCAGUUAUCUUAGCCUAGCAUAAAGACUGGAAACAGCUAACCAGGCUAUGUCCAGGUGAAAAUGACCCUCCUACCAGCACAUCUAACGCUCACUAAUUAACACAUUUAAUCCCAUUUGUUUAAUCCAUAUAUGAAUAGACAUGGAAAAUUGACACUUUUACAUGCUGUAACUAUUUCUGCCGGACACAGACAUUUCCACAACUUGCUGUUUUCGCAUUUGUGUGUGUGUGUGUGCGUGUGUCUGGAUUAAGGACGUUUGUUUUGUUUGUUGUUCGGACAGAAUUAGCUAGCUGUUUCCUGUCUUUGCGCUAAGCUAGCUCGACUGGCUGCUGCCUGUAUCUUUAUAUUGAGCGUACAGACGUAAGAGUGGUCCCAAUUUUUUCAUCUAGCUCUCGACAAGACAGAAUGAGUAUUUCCCAAAAUAUCUUUUCUUCUUUAACAUUAAGAAUUACCCAUUUGCUAUUGCUUUUCAGUAUUCAAAAAGCAUGCCAUAAACCCAACAGCAAUGUAUGUGUCACAUGACAGUAGAAAAAGGCUUUUACAGUAAACAAUAUCUGAUCUGUUUACACUAUUUCACUAUUUUGUCAUUGUGUUGUCAGCACUGUCACAAUAUUUUAUUGAUUUUGUGAAGCACGUAUUCAAUACAAAUAGUUCACAUGG